GAAGAAGUACCGUUGUUAGCCUGCUAUGCUAACAUCCAACAGAACAUGAUGCUACUCGACUAAAUGCUUUCGGAUCAACUCUUCUACUACACACGUGGUUAUGUUGUGUUUAUAACACUUGUCGGCAGAAGUAAAGCAAGUCGCCAUCUUCCUUAUUCGGUCUUCGCUGCGUUCUCUGAGAAGUUAGUUGUUUAAAGCGUUCGAAUGGAAAUGUCAACAAUCCAGAGUUUAAGACAGUUUAUCCACGAGAGGUUACACACUGCUGCUGAAGACAUAUUUGGAUGUUUUGAAGCGACUGUCACAAAGUACGAGGAGGAGAUCGGUCGUCAUCGCAGACUGAUGGAUGUAACUUUGAAACCUGUAGUAAAGCUGCAGAGAAUAGAGCUCCCAGUGCAACACUUUCUUAAUGAUGAAAACCUUCCUGCUGACCAGCAGCUCUGGAACCUUGAGAGGAACCCCAGUCUAGACCAAGAGGAGCCAGAACCUCCACAGAUUAAGGAGCAGCAGGAGGAGCCCUGCAUCGAGCUCCCAGUGCAACACUUUCUUAAUGAUGAAAACCUUCCUGCUGACCAGCAGCUCUGGAACCUUGAGAGGAACCCCAGUCUGGACCAAGAGGAGCCAGAACCUCCACAGAUUAAAGAGGAGGAGGAGCACUGCAUUGGUCUGGAAGUAGAGCAGCUUGUACUGAAGCAGGAGGAUCAAGAUAACCUUUUGUUGAAUCCUACUUUCAAGGAAAGUGACCACAGUGAACCUGAACCAAGUGACCACCAGCUCCUCUCCCACAGCUCAGCUCAGUGCCAAGAUCUCAACGGAGGCCAGCAUGGAAACUCAAAAUCAGUUAGUAAUGCAGAGCAGGCAUCAGAAAAGGGACAUCAUGUCAUCACAAGAGCAAAAGGGAGCACAAGUCCCAGUAACAUUUCAUGUAGCACUACCAUGUCAAAGAUUGUUCAGAAUAUCUGCAAGAGUAAAAAGGUUCUCCAGUGUGACACUUGUGGAAAAGUCUUUAAGUGGAAGUCAUUAUUAAAUAGACAUCUUAAGGUGCACACAGGUGAGAAACCAUAUCUUUGCAAAACCUGUGGAAAGAGAUUUUGUUACAAGUCAGCACUAGAAACACAUUUGAGGGUCCACACAGGGGAGAAACUGUAUUCUUGCGAAAGUUGUGAAAAAAGUUUCACAACUAGCACAAAUUUGAAGAUCCACGAAAGAACGCACACGGGCGAGAAGCCUUUUUCUUGCAAAACUUGUGGGAAAAGUUUUAGUGCGAGACAAACCCUGCAGGAUCACGAGAGAACUCAUACGGGCGAGAAACCUUUUUCUUGCAAAACUUGUGGGGCAAGAUUUAACCGUAGAAGUAACCUGCAGGUCCAUGAGAGAUUGCACACAGGUGAGAAACCUUUUUAUUGCAAAACUUGUGGGAGACGUUUUACAACUAAAAUGCAUAUGCAGGUCCACGAGAGAACACACACGGGCGAGAAGCCUUUUUCUUGCAAAACUUGUGGGAAAAGUUUUAGUGCGAGACAAACCCUGCAGGAUCACGAGAGAACGCACACGGGCGAGAAGCCUUUUUCUUGCAAAACUUGUGGGAGAAGUUUUAGCCAGAGAUCUUCCCUGCAGGAUCACGAGAGAACGCACACGGGCGAGAAGCCUUUUUCUUGCAAAACUUGUGGGAAAAGUUUAUCACGUGCAUGUAGCUUGAAAGUCCACAUGAGAAGCCAUAAAAUUGAGGAGUCGUAUCCAUGUACAACUUGUGGGGAAAGAUUUGGUAUCAAAUCACUUCUAACAAAACAUUUGAUGACCCACACAUAGCAAAACUGAUAUGUUUUUUUAAAAUGUUGUAAAGAUCUCUGACUUGCCAGUUUAUACAAAGUCCACAUGAGAAUACAUCCAGUUGAGAAGCCACACCAUGGCAACAGGAGAGGGAUAAGAUUUGCUCAUUCGUUUUCAAAGAAGUUGUUACUUAGUUAUUUAUUCAUUAAUUAAAGAUACAACAGUUAGCGAAAACGACCCUGGAAAUGUUUCCAGGAGACCAAACAAGAGAUGAACCUUGAUGUAGUUCAAUGCUUUAUGAAGUUCCAUCACCACUGACGAGGAGCAGACUUCAAUAACUUCACCAAGCAUUGAACUACAGCCAGGUUCAUCACUUACAUCUACACAAGAGAGAUUGUGUACAUUUACAUUAGCUGCAUCUCUGCAACUGAAUGUGGAAAAUAUCCCAUUGAGGAGACAUCACAAUAUCUUUGAUGCAGUACAUGGUCAACAACAUUUGCUGAAGUACCCACGUUUCUGUUCUUCAUGUGACUGUCAUUGACAUUUACAUCUGCAAAGGAAGUGAUGUUUUCAUCCAUGUCUCUUUGUUUAUUAAUUUAUCAGCCAUUUAUACCAGAUGAUGCAGGAAGGGGACGGGGGUGAGAGAAAUUGAUUGGGUUUAAGGGGCAGUUCCAGGAUAUGUUAUUAUCACUGAAUGUUGAGAGAUGUCAAUGUGUCAGGAAAGACUUUGGAUCAUGAUGUAAAAAUCUAAAAUAUUUGUGGUACAGAAAUUUAUAAGAACAAAGUAUGUGGUGCAGAUAACAGAUUACUUCCCUUUUCUUUUUUUUCCAAUUACAAAAGAAGAAAUAUAUGUUGGUAAUGUGUAAACUGUCCUAAAUGACUCAAUGGUUAUUUUUUUGUGCUACGUGUAUUCAAUACUUCAGUGCAUUUGCAGUUUAUUAAAGUUUCUUGAACUAUUGUGAUAGUAUUUUACUUCUGUCACACGUUGAAUCUGUGUUUGUCUUUGUGGAGAAAAAUUCCCCUGACUAUGUGUCUCCCUGCUAUGACCUUGAUAAACAGGCAGGAACCCUUA